AUGAAAUUAUUAAAUAAUUGUGAAGACCGCGAUCAGAAGACUGAGAAAACCUCGGCACCACAGUCUACCAAGACGACAACAUCUGCAAAUAAAACACAGAUUAAUGCAGAUAUAGUAGCCUCAAACCAGCCAUCUUCUGAAGAUGGAGUGAAUCGCGAGACUGUUGACCAUGAAGAGCUUCUGAAACCCUUGAACAGUUUGGUCGCGCCAUGCGGGAAAAGAUCACUUAGAUUAAGUCUUAAAAGACGUAACGCUACCGCCAAGGAGGACAGAACUAAGAGCGCAAAUGGGAUAGGUAUGCAGAUCUGCUCGAUCCUGAGUUACAUUACAAAGAAACUUUACCUAGCAAGUGAUGAUAAGUUGGAGAUCCUAUGCAACGAGUGGUGGCCAAUCUGCCCUUCGACGACGCUGGGUUGCCUACUUGAACAGUGUCUAAGCAGCAAGCCGAAGCACAAGGUCCGGGCUACGGUGGGCAGCCCGGCUAAGGAGUUCGUGAUGGAGUUGAGCUACCGCCGGCGCCCGGCACCCUAUCUCUCUGUUGCAUGA